AUGUCUUCGUCUUUCCAGGAUGUCGAGCUCGUGAGGUCAAACUUGGAGAUUGCUACUCAAUUCGUCGAGAGAGCGAGAAGCUGGUUUCUGAACAGAUCUCUAACAGCCAAGAUAGCAAUUGUGUUAGCGUGCUUGUGCGCGGUUGCUGGAGAGGUGGUGAUAAUAGUGUAUCAUCACCAGAUCAUCAAAUUGAUGGCUUUGGCUGCUCAGGGAUGGAGAGAAUUGAAGUAUGGGUAUCUUUUAAUGUUCACUCUACUAUUUUGCGUUUCAUUCCCACCUGUUGUGGGCUACAGCUUUCUUGCGACUUUGAGCGGAAUGAUUUGGGGAUGUCCUGGUGGAUAUCCUGUUCUCGCUGCUGGAACAGUUUUGGGAUCGCUUGCGUCCUUUCUAUUAUUCAGAAACGUGCUACACGCCAGGGCUGUUCGUAUGGUGGAACAGAACAAGACUCUGAAGUCGAUUGCCCUGGUUUUGACCGGAAAAAACUGGCCAGAGAGUCUUUUCAUACUCACACUAUUGAGAAUAUGCCCACUACCAUACUCGUUUUCGAACGGAGCACUUGCUGCUGCACCUGGACUUUCUGCCGUGGUAUUCACCUGGGCAAGCAUCAUAUCCUCACCCAAACUUUUCAUACAUCUCUUUGUGGGGUCGCGACUUCGGGAAUUAAGCAAAGAAAAAGAUACCAAAUCCAAGGUGGUGGACUUUGUGAGCAUUUUGAUAACUGGGAUCUCCUUUGGGAUCACCACGUUCUAUUUAUACGGAAAGGUUAAGAAUCGUCUGUCUGAGAUGAGUCGGCAGGAUGAGAACUUGGACAUAGAAGACGAAAGAGUCUUGGGAUUAGACGAAAUAAAUAGCUCUGAUUGA